AAAUAUUGCAAAAUAUAAAUGUAAAGAUAUGCUAGCCCGCCGUAGCCCGCCAUUUUGAAUGAUUUUGACAUUUGACAAGCAUUUUGGCGUGGGUAACGAGUACCGAAGAUUCUCUUUCAUUUUUAUUUCUCGAUAAAGUGGUAUACAGAAUCAACGUUUAAAUUGCACGUCUUUUAUUUAAAUCAAGAAGAAGAGAAAAAAGCAACAAAACACAAUGGUGGCGCAAACAAAGGUUUUCGUGGGAAGAUUACCAGAAGAUGCCAAGCCGGAGGAGUUGCGCAAGUUGUUCGAGCGCUUUGGAGUGGUCACAGAAUGCGAUGUCAUGAAUAGGUGCGGUUUCGUGCACAUGGAGACAGAGGAACAGGCCGCGGCGGCAAUUCGCGAUCUACACAACACCACGUUCAAUGGUGGUGUUAUUACCGUGGAAAGAGGCAGGAUAAAGGAGAGAGGCCAGCGUGGUGGCGGCCGCGGUAUGCGCGGUGGUAUGAGGGGAGGCAUGGACCGUCGAGGAGGCAUGCGCGGCGGUAUGAGGGAUGCACCAUAUCCAAUGCGUGACCGGGGAAUGGGGGGGCCAAUGCGUGAUCGAGGCAUGGGACACAUGCGUGGCUCAGCACCUUACGACAGAAGUAUGGACAGGGCACAGAUGGGUGGCGGUUAUGAUGACAGGUACAAUGGUUACGGAGGCGAAGACAGACGCGGUUUUGCGCUCAUGGACGGUCGUGGCGCUCGCGAUGCUUACAGCGCACCGCCUCCCAUGUACCCCGACGACAGGCAGAGCUACGGAGCCCCAGUAGACAACAUGUACCCUGAUGAGAGGGACAUGAUCGACAGGCGGCCCCCAAUGAGAAGUGCCCCCAUGACUAUGUCGUCUGGUUAUGACAGAGCGGCCCCACGCGCAGCGCCCAUGGGCACUGAUAUGUACAGCAGGAGGUCAGAUCAAACUAUGUGGGGAGGAGCCGCAGCUGCAGGUAGCUAUGAGCGAGAUCCAUAUGCUCAGCAGUAUCCCCAAGCUGGAAGGUGGUGAGACGUCGGGAGGCGAUGCGCGGCGGAGGCAAAGGUGACUGCGUGGCGCGAUGACUACGCGCCUACUCAUCAUCGGGCGGUCGACAUGAACCGGCACGAUCCGGUACCGGUACCGGCCCGAUCCAAUCCGAUGCGUCAUCAGACUCGCGCGCGUGCAUAGUAUCCCCACAACUGCUACGUUUAUGUCUUAUUUUCAUGUAUCUUUUAAAAAUCAAUGUAUUUUUUUUAAACGACUCAAUAAAUGAAACUGCAAUACUUGAUACAAUCCA